CCCACGCACACACACACACUAUUAUACUCAUUUACACACUGCCAGUUGACAUGGACUAUGAGCCCAAGAAAAUCAAAAAGGGGUUUGUUUUACCAAUUAAGCGUCUGGUCUUCCCAAAGUCGGCCCGGAGGCAGGCAGACAGGGGCAGUGCAAAUCGCAGGCCUCUGCACACGGUGCCUGUUUACCCACCAGACUUUUUCAUCCAUCCUGAACAUCUCAUCUAUGACUAUGUGGAGAAAGAAGUGAAGUUUCUGGGUCAUCUGACAUGGGUGUCUUGCUCCCUAAACCCCUCCAGCAGAGACGAACUACUGCAGCUUCUGGACACUGCGAGGAAGCUGAAAGUCCUGCCUCUUCAGACAACCAUAGAGCAGGACUGCAUUCUCAGUCUGUCUGCACGCUGUCUACUGCUCACUUGGAGAGACAAUGAGAAACUACUGCUGCGAAUCCCUACGCAUGAGAUAGCUGCUGCCUCCUACCUGCGGGACGAUGCCCUGCACCUGCUGGUGCUCAAAACAGGUCUAAAUGUGGAUACCAUUAUAGCAGGGGACAGCCUUGAAAAAAGGCCUACUGGUCUAGAAGGCCGCAGACAGACCAUGAGCAAUGCUGAUCCUCGGCCUGCAGGGGGCACCAUGGAGCGACGCCAUACAAUCUGUGGUGUGGACUGGAAGCCACUGUCUCGUCAUGAGUCAAAGCAGAGUGGCACUAGUGUGAGUGGAGUUGGGUCUGCAGGUGGAGGAGGAGGUAACGGUGGAGGUGGCAGUCUGGAACGCAGGCAGGUUGGGGGCAGUUGGGAGCGACGCCAAACCCGCAAGCCAUGUGGAGGAAGCUGGGAGAAGAGACCCAUGAGCGGGAGCUGGGAGAGACGGCUUGUAGGAGGCAGUUGGGAGCGCCGUGGUCCCGUGGGCAAAGGCGGAGGGGGUGUGGGGGGCAGUUGGGAGAAGAGACACGGACCUGGGGGGAAAGCAGGAGGCAGCUGGGAGAGGAAGCAUGGGCAGGGGGGCAGCUGGGAGCGCAGGCAAGCCUUCAUGGGAAGCUGGGAGAGAGGCAAGUCAUAUGGAAGUUGGGAGAGAAGGAGCCACAAUCCACUGGAGCCAACACCAUGCCCUGAUGCUUACUGUAACCUGGUCGUAUUGGCAGUGGACAACCGGGAUGCUGCAGAGGAGUACUGUGCUCUCAUCUGUCAGAUGUUUCAAAUCAUCUAUGGACACCAGACCAUUGAGUGUGUGGACAGGGCAGGGUAUCACUACACCAUGCCUGACCGUUAUUGGCUACAGAGAAGUGACAGCUGUCUGACAGAUAUGACAUAUAGCUAUGACACGGACUUCAGCUGCUGCAGCUCAUAUGAUGGCUCUCAGUAUGCCUUUGAACCAUACUACAGUGAGAACUACAGUGAGAAUUCAUCUCUUUCCUAUCAGGACUCGCAUCGGAGCCUGGCGUCCAUACACAGUGACUCGGAACCCAGUAAUGCAAGCCUGCAGCUAAUGCAAGAGUACAUGAUUACGCUACGCAAUAAGCUGUCUCCCCAGGAGAUUCAGCAGUUUGCUGUGUUGCUGAGGGAGUACCGUGUGGGCGCUCCCAUAGACCAGUUCUGCUCUGACCUGCUCCAGCUCUAUGGAGACUCGCGCAAGUUCCUCCUGCUCGGUAUGCGUCCUUUCAUUCCUGACCAGGAUGUGGGAACUUUCGAGACAUUCCUGGAAAGCAUUGGCAUUCGUGAGGGCGGGAUUCUUACAGACAGCUUCGGGCGGAUCAAGCGGAGUAUGAGCAGCACGUCGGCCACGGCUGUGAGAGGCUAUGAGGGAUCAUAUGACUUCAACAGUAGGAUGAGUGACAUCACACACGACAUUGAGGCCCUCGGAUUUGAGGAGGGAGAUGGAGACAUUGAGGAAGAGGACUACUACCUCUGAUUACAAUCUGAACAGUAUAUAGGCUUACAUUUAAGUCUUUACUAAGGAUUAACUGAUUAAAAGAUUCGAUUAGAUUAGAUCUUUGUCGUCAUUGUGCGGAGAGCAAGAAAAAUCUGUUUAGAAGUUCUUCAUUAGUAAGCAGCAGUGAAAACACUGCAAAUACUGUGGGUGAAGACUGCCGGGCCACUGCGUGCAACUGCACCGCCAUCUUAAUUCCCUGGAUGAGGAACUGGAAAAAAAAGAGUUUUGAUUUCCAACAUUUUGUGUACUUUAUGUAAAGAUUUACAGUAUGUUAUAGGACAUGGAAAGUUCUGGUCUUUUGAGGGGCCUCAGCAGAAUGACUCAUUCUGCCUCAGCACCUUCCUCAGGUGGGUUGAGGUGGUGGCUGAAUGAACAUCUAUUUUUCUGUGGUAUAGAUACAGAAUAAACAAAAUGAAUGACGUUUUCAUUAUCUUUUUAGGUAUUCGAUUAAUGUUCUAACGUUCACAUGAACUGGACAUAAAUCCCUUUUGCACAUCGAAUAUGUGUACUUUGAAUAAAGUAUCUUAUCCGUAA